CAGGUCCUCAGGUCUCUCGCUGCCGGGAAGGUCCUGGGAGAGGCGCGAGCCAAGCCUAGGAAGUCAGCAUCCGCGGAGAGAGGGACAGGGCCAUGGCUGAGGUGCACGUGAUCGGGCAGAUCAUGGGGGCCACCGGGUUCUCGGAAAGUAGCCUCUUCUGCAAGUGGGGCAUCCACACAGGGGCAGCGUGGAAGCUCCUGUCGGGCAUACGGGAGGGCCAAACACAGGUGGACACCCCCCAAGUAGGGGACAUGGCCUACUGGUCCCACCCCAUCGACCUGCACUUCGCCACCAAAGGCCUCCAAGGCUGGCCCCGACUCCAUCUCCAGGUGUGGUCGCAGGACAGCUUCGGCCGCUGCCAGCUCGCAGGCUACGGUUUUUGCCACGUGCCCAGCAGUCCGGGCACCCACCAGCUGGACUGCCCCACAUGGCGGCCCCUGGGCAGCUGGCGGGAGCAGCUGGCACGGGCCUUUGUGGGCGGCGGCCCUCAGCUGCUGCACGGGGACGCCAUCUACAGUGGGGCCGACCGCUAUCGCCUGCAAACGGCCGCCGGUGGCACUGUGCACCUUGAGCUGGGCCUGCUGCUGCGCCACUUCGACCGCUAUGGUGUGGAAUGCUGACCCUGCCCCAGUCGCCACUCGCAGGCCCUUAUCCACACCCGGCUACCUAUGGAGGGGCAGGAUGGCCCGGUGGUCAGAAGCGUGGGUGGGUCCGGAGACUGUCAGAUCUGACCCCAGCCAAGGCAGGCCAUGGCUUCUGUCCUGGCCAGCACCUCAAGCCCAGUGGCUGCCCCUCUCAGGUCCAGUUUCCCCAUCUGUAAAAUGGGGGCAGUUAAGUGUGUGAGGUCGCAGGGUGUUGGGUGAGAAGAGACUGCGCACCGAAGUGCUCAAUAAAGGAGCAGUUCUUACAGGUGUGGGUGCCUUCCUGACUUCAUCUGUCAGAGGUCUUGUGCCUUCCUGUCCUCCCACUGACACCCUCCUUCAGGUCCCCACCUUCUGACAGACCCACUUCCCCCAUCUUGUGCCUCAACCUCUGCCUCCUCUCCACUCUGGGGACCCCUCUUGUGACCCCCUCUCUUUGGGGCUCCUUGCUCCCCUGUGCGCCUCUCCCCACUGGGUCCCCGUCUCCUGGCUGACCCUCUUCCCCUCUGCUCCAGCCUCCCACCCUCUCUCCUCUGGGGUCCCCGCUCUCUGAUCCCCUGUGCCAUGUGUCCCCAGCCUCCGAUUGAGCCCUCCCCGCCAGAUCUUCAUUCUCUCCACGACCCCGCGCAGCCCUCAAAGCCACACGCAACCCGUCUGCCCGCUUAGGUUGCGCUCAGCCGCCAGGAGGCAGCACCCUGUUCGCGGGGCGGAGCCGGGGUGUCCGCCCCCUCCCCCCGGGGCCUGAAGGACCCCCCUCGGAGCCCGCCCACGCGAGAUGAGGACGGUGGCCCGGCCCCCCCAUGUCCUCCCCCUGGGGGCCGCCCCCGCCCCGCGCGCUUCCUGGGUGGGGCCGGGGCGGCUUCAAAACCCCCCGCCGCCCCAGCCGGUCCCCGCCACUGCCGCCGCCGCCGCCCUUCGCGCCCCGGGCGUCCCACCCCCUCCUCCCGCCGCGGAUCCGCCAGACAGCGAGGCCCCCGGCCGGGGGCAGGGGGGACGCCCCCUCCGGGGCACCCCCCGGCUCGGAGCCGCCCGCGGGGCCGGCCUCGGCCGGGAGCGGAGGAAGGAGCCGCCGAGGAGCAGCCUGAGG